AUGAACAUCCCGGAGUCCUGGGUGGGUGCCAAGCGCAGCCAGGGCCAACCGGUGGAGUCCGAACCGUCCGCAUCGAAGAAGAAGAAGAAGCGUCUGGUGGUGGAGAAGAAGGCAGAGGCGAAGGCAGAGGCAAAGACAGAGAAAAAGACAGAGGUGAAGGCAGAGACGAAAAAGGAAAAGAAAGCAGAGUCCAUCCCCAUAGAACCAGUGGAGUCCGUCUUUUCCCUCGGCGCCGAAGAACCAGCGCCCUGCCCGGAGGUGACGCCCGAGGACCUCGAGGGGAUGCCAUCGCAAGAGUCCGGGGUCUACAACGAGCUGCGCUGCGCGAUCCACGAGAGCGGCAGCAGCGGCCCGGCGCAGACCCUCUCGCUGGACAGCGUCAUCUCACGGCAGCCCUACAUCAAGAUGAUGCAGAACCUGUUCGGGGCGUACGACGAGAGCUGCUUCUCGCAGGUCCCGCCGGUGAAGAUCGUGACGAAGGCGUGGGAGGAAACGCACAUGCGGGAGCCGCACCCGGACGAGCGGCCGUGCUCCAUGGGCAUCAAUUGCGAGUGCAUGUUCAUCGACCCCGCGCUCCCCUUCACCUGCGUGGAGUUCCGGCUGCCGAACGAGCCCCUCCCGAACGAGCAGCAGCUCUGUGUCCUGUGCCUUCGGAAGCUCACGCAGAGCAUGUUCUACGACAUCGUGUACCAAGGGAACCGCUUCAACGGGGUGAUCCAGAGCCACGGCAACAUCUGCGACCAGCCCGGGGAGUACGCGAGGCAGGUGAUGCUCUCGUGCCCCAUCGGCGGGCCGGUGCACUGCAUGCCGCUCCCCAUCGUCUCCCACCAGCGGAACCGCUACUCCGUUGUCCUGAACAACGUCGGGGUGAAGCACCUGAAGCAGCACCGCGUGGCGUGGGAGGAUUUUCGAUCGACCCCUCCUGGGCCCAUCGCCGUGAUGCGACCGGGGAGGGAGCCGCUCGACAUCCACCCACUCGGGUGCCUGUCGGAGGCCGACCUGCCGCCCCGCGGAGGGUGGGUCCCAGGGGGGGGAUUCCAGGAAACCUUCCAAGAAUCAUCCCAAGAAGUAGGCAGUUUCUGUCCGGAGGACCCAGUCCUGGACGCGGAGCUUGCGAGGCUGCAUGUGCUCCUCCACGCCGGAGAGACGAGGGCGCAGCUGCUCAUCGACACUCGCCUGCUGGCGUGCUGGCUGGCCACCACAGCGCCGGGGCUCUACAAGAGCGUGCCGCGGGAGUCGCUCGUCCCGCACCCGUCCUCGGCCUACCACCAUAAGAACCUGCCGGACAUCGGGCGCUUCAUCCUGCAGAGCCUGGCGCACCGCGACUGGAAGACGAACCUCAUCGUCAACGUCAUCUGCAACAGCAUGCCCUGCCUGAAGCGGAACCGCGUUGCGUUCCUCGACAAGGACGCAUUCGCCCACCCCCACGCGACCGUGCUCAUCAACAUCCUGCACGGCCUGCUGCUGGGGCUCUACCCGAGCACGGCCAAGCGCCCCGCCUUCCGCUGCAGGGUGAGGCUCGCCGGGGAGCUGCGCGCCCUGCUCUGCGCCCCGCUGCGCGCUCAGGCGGAGUUCCUGCAGGGCCACCUCCCGCUGCUCAAGCUGUCGAUGAUGGAGUACCUCUGGCACGCCUGCGGAACGUACCUGACGACAGAACUCGACGCCAUCUCCCACGUCCACGGCAUGGCCACCUUCAUGGAGAUCUGCCCCAACAUCUGCGACGGGUUUCGGCAGGAGGGCCUCCAGGACUCCCGCUGGACGUGGGACUCCCUGAGCUCCGUCGCCGCCACCUUCGUCGAGCGCUGCGUCCGGACGUGCAAGUUCCGCAUGGGGAGGGCCAGGGCCGACGCGGAGGGCCACGCGUUCUGGGCACUGCCCUGGAAGCCGUACCCGGUGCGCCCCCCGAACACCCCCCACCAGGAGCCGCUGCACACCCCAGGUGGACAGGACCCUCCCUGCCCGUACCUGACCAAGCCAGGCCAAGAGGCGCUCCAAACCCCGCAGCCCCCCGUCUCCAAAUGGAAGCGCAUCGCCCCAUCCCAGUCGCACCUCUUCGAAGUCGCCCGGGAGAUGCACGUCGCGCAGGCCCCCGGCGUGCUCUGGAGCGUCUACUCCGAGUUCCACCCCCACCUCUCCGUGGAGGACUUCCACCUCAUCGAGCACCUCCACGCCCGCUGCCGUGUCCACCCGCUGCCCUGCAACCUCGCCGCCACGCAGGCCCGCAUGCUGCUCGAGACCUACGGACAGGACCACGCCCAGCUCGCCAGCGUCUCCCGCGUGCACCUCUGCCUCCGCUGCUGCAACAAGCCCAACGCCGACGCCAUUUCCACGAAGCUCCGCCUCUGCAUGCACACCGGCAGGCUGAUCUGCGUCUCCUGCGCCUCCCACCUCCCCGUCGUCGCCGUGGACUUGCUCGGGAAGGUCCUCGUCGUGCAGGGCGUCACCUACUACCUCUGCCCUGUCUGCGGCGGGUGCAAGCGCUGGGCCUUCAGCGGCACGGAGUUCACCUGCGUCGACUGCGGGCACCGCCCCACCCCGCCCCCGCCCCGCCCCACCCCCAGGCGCUGCCUCCACUGCAGCAAGACCAACGGCCUCGAGCGGGCCACCCUCCUCUUCGCCGACUUUGGCGUCCGCGUCCAGGUCUCCCUCUGCUCCAGGCACGCCCUCCCCGCCCACGUCUCCCGCUUCGUCCGCGACGUCGGGGACUACUGCAGGGCGGCCCGCGCCUGCGAGGCAGAGAGGGCAGAGGCCCGCCAGUGCAGGGGCAGGCGGAGGUGA